UGUUCUUGUUGUUGUCAUCUUUUGGGAUUCGCAAUCAAAUCUUGCAUGUUAAUAAAUGAAAUUGCAAAUAAAACUAAAUUAAAAUUUUAAAGGUGUUUUAUCCCGUGGUUUCUGUGUGCAACACUCGCUGCUAUUGUGAUCGAUUGAUAUCCGUUUGCUGAAAUCUGAAUAAAAGCCUCAGUAUGGAAUCGUUGGACGUGAUUUCCAAGCGCAUCGACAACCUGUACCAACUGGUCGGUUCUGCCCCGGUCGGCGAUGCCAGCGGCCAGGCCGAGAACCUUACCGACUCGGUUCUGUCGGCUGCGUCCUUCUUGCCAUCCGCCAGCACGGGCCACCUUGCCGACGGAAGCGCCCGGGACAGCAUCCUGGAGGUGUUCAAGCGAAAGGACGAACUGGAAACGUAUCUGGAUCCGUCGUACCUGGACGAGAAGCAGGACAUCAAGGCGAAGGAGAUCUACAUCAACACCAUCGCGAACGAUUUGGCCGGAACGUUCGAAACGCUGCAGAAGAUUAAAACGCUCGAGCCGACGCUGGGCGCGGAAUACUUUCGCAAUCUGCCGGACGUUAGCGGCCAGCUGAGCACGAUGACCACGGCAACGGCCGAGCAGACGCGGGCCAACGAGGAGCUGGAGAAAAGUAUGGUCGCGUUGAUGCAGCGCUACAACGAGAUCCAAACCGGGCUGAAGGAUUCGCUCAAGGGGAUGAACGAUCGGCUGGACCAGUUGGAGCAGCGGUUGGUCGAUAAGAAACGAGAAGAUAAGGAUGUUUGAGCUGGGGUUGAGACGGGGGAAAUGGAUGAGAAUUCCUUAUUUAUUUGAUAUGAGUUCAUGAUGAGAAUAUACUUAUGCUUUAUACUAGAUUAAGUUUACUAUUUGGUUACUCAUAUAAAAACUGAAGAAUAAUUUCAUUUAUUGUAUGUAACAAAAUGUUUAAUAAACAAAUUACUCGCUUUGAA